CACCUCAAUAUAAUGGUGGUUUUCAACCAGGCUAUGGACCACCUCAGGUUCCAAUUGUACAACAACCGGGACAACCAAUGAUGCCAGGACAACCUAUGGCACCUGGUCAACCAACGCAACCUGGCCAACCAAUGGAAUGGAUGAGUAUACCAGCCGGCAUACCGAAUUGUCCACGCGGUUUGGAGUAUCUUACGAGUAUAGAUCAGCUUUUGGUUAAGCAAAAAGUAGAACUUUUAGAAGCAUUUACCGGUUUUGAGACCAAUAACAAAUUCUCCAUAAAAAACGCCCUAGGACAGAAAGUUUACUAUGCUGUUGAGGAUACCGAUUGCUGUACACGUAACAUGUGUGGUCCCGCCCGUCCAUUCGAUAUGAAAAUAUUCGAUAACUUCCGUAAUGAAGUGAUACACUUGAAUCGUCCGUUGGCCUGUUCGUCGUGUUGCUUUCCUUGCUGUUUGCAAUCAAUGGAGGUGUCAUCGCCACCCGGCAGUGUUGUUGGUACCGUUGAACAAGAAUGGACCAUAUGUUCACCAGCAUUUCGUAUUAAAAAUCAUUUGGGUGAUACUGUUCUACGUAUUGAGGGUCCAUUUUGUACAUUUUCCAUGUGCGGUGAUGUUGAAUUUCAGAUUGUUACGCUUACUGGAGAAAAUAUUGGCAAAAUCUCAAAACAAUGGUCUGGCUUUGCACGUGAAAUAUUCACAGAUGCAGAUUUCUUUGGCAUUACGUUCCCCUUGGACUUGGAUGUUCGCAUGAAAGCAACACUGUUGGGUGCCUUAUUCCUUAUUGAUGCUAUGUUCUUUGAAAAAUCUGGUAACAGAGAAAGUGAUGGUGUUGGAAUGUUGUCGUAAAAUA